AAGUAUCGAGAAGGCAAGCGCAAUUUGUUGAGUUGUUUUGCAGUUGUUGAGAUGUGCGUGUGUAGUGCGCUGGUUUGAACGUAAUGGCUUGCGUGAGUAGCUGAACACUCAGCGAGGUAUUGACAAUGCUACAAACUAGUGCAAGGAUGCAUUUAAGCGAGUUCGCGGCCGUUGGACUUCUCCUCUCAGUUUUCACUACGCUCGCCGUAGCUGCAAACGUCCAAAACGUCUGUACGGACAGCAUUGGAGCCGUGAACGGACCCGUCAUGUUCAGGCACACAUGGCAGGUGGGCCUGCCUCUAGAGAAAGGAGUGCGCUCGGACUUCAUGUACCUGUCAGUCUGCGAGCCCCUGAGCUUUCCUGACAGCUCUCCGGCUGCAGUGUGCAACGGCAAGUCCGCGUGUCGUGUGACUGAUGGCAAGGCGGAGGUGUACGCGGACUUUAGUGCCAACGCCUCCAAUGUGGUUGUGAGUGAGGGCUGGUUGUUUGUCAAGGGGAACACAUGUGCUGGAAGCUCCAACACAAACUACAAGAUAUCCGUUAGGAUCAGCUGUGCAGCCCAUCUUGGAUCUCCGGAGUAUUUCCUUGACAAAAAGUGCCAGCUGUUUCUCAUGUGGAGGACUUCUGCGGUAUGUGCCGAAAAGCCUGCACGCACCGAGGUUCCCUGCACUGCCCACACCGACACCGGCCUUAGCCACGAUCUCUCGGGCCUGAUCAAAAGUGCGGGAGGGUACGUGGUGGAAACGACAGACGCGGACAUGACUCUGGUCAUCAACGUUUGUUCGGACAUGCAAUCUGCCAAUGGGAUUACGUACCCACCAAUGGCUGGUGCCUGCAUUCUGGAAGGCAAGGAGUGCAAGUCUGUUGGCCAUCUGCAGUCUGGCCUUCAGGCUAAUGGCUCUGGCAUCUACAUAGAGUAUCCACCCAGCCCUGGAUCGACGCCAAGACCAGGUUGUACGUUGCCCCCCAGGACUUUUGUCCAGUUUCGUUGUCCACGGCGUGAACAAAGUCAUGCCCCGAGACUGAUUUCAGACGUUGACUGCCACUACUACGUCGAAUGGGAGACCCAACACGCCUGCUCAUUGGAUCUUCUUCGAGCCGAUCCAGUGGAAUGCAAAUUCACAAGUGACAAUCAUGGCAUUGACAUUGACCUCAGCCCACUAAAGAAGGAAGAUGGUUUCUACACUACCGAAGCGAAUAUCAAUGGCACAAAGGCAGUCAUCAAGUACAACAUUUGUGGUAAAGGCCUGGGUUCAGUCCAGUGUGGAAAGAAGCGAGUCUUCAGGUCGGCCGUCUGUGCCGAGAUCAAUGGGGAGUCAUUUUCGCUGGGACAGGACCAAGAACAGACACUUCAGCUCGUUGACGACGUAGUUACAAUGAAGUUCAAGGACGGCAGUGAUUGCGGUCCUUCUGGGUCAAUGUGGUCGAGCGAUGUUCAUUUUGUCUGCAAUAAACAGCAAGAGGAUGGUGAGAUGCAGUUUGGCUGGCUUGAUCACAGCGCCUGUACCUAUCACUUCAUCUGGGAAACUGCUCACGCAUGUCCGAAGGCUCGGGAAACUGACUGCAUUGCAGAGAGUGGGGACGUUCGGAUCAAUCUCGGGCCCCUUUCACGACGUGGAGGUGAUGCUCCUUGGACUGCUCUGGGCAGCUUGAAAAGCGACAAGGAGAGUGUCAUAUUGAUCAAUGUAUGUGAAGGCCUUGGCAAGACAGAGGUUGCGAAGGAGUGUGGAGCGACGAGCACAGUUUGCGUGAAGAAGAGCAACGGAAAGAGCGCCAUCUAUGGAACACAGCUGGCUAAGCUUGUGUACGACAGGGGUAGCAAAACGGCCUCAAUGUCCUCGGAAGGUGGUCCCUGUUGGAAUGGCAAAAACCUUCGUUCUGUAAUUACAUUUAUCUGCAAACCAGGUGCCGUUUCAACAAGUCCACAGCUGGUCCGGGAAGUGGAGUCCGAGUGUCUGCUGGAAUUUGAGUGGCACACUGCUCUUGCCUGCCCUCGGGCGUCCCAUGUCGGCCAGGACUGUCGAGUCUACAAUGAUGCUCUUGGCUUUGAAAUCGAUUUGAACCCUCUCAAGAGCAGCAAGCCAUAUGCACUGCAGCACGAAGGUUAUCGUUUCUUUAUCAACGUGUGCGGCAGUGCAAGUGAAUCUCCAUGCGCUGGCGACGUCAAGAGUGCGAAUGCAUCGGUGUGCCAGGUGUCUAUUACUGAUGGGCGCUUCUGGUCUCUUGGCCAGGCCAACGCAAAGUUGACAUACAUUGACGGAAUGCUGAACCUAACCUACACUAACGGAACCCCCUACAAUGAUGCUGCCAAGACACCUCGUUCGUCUAGCUUGACCUUCCUGUGCGACUAUGAAGCCGGCGUUGGUCAGCCCCAGUUUAUGGAUGAAGCCAGCCGCACUUAUGCUUUCGUCUGGCGCACCAGCUAUGCGUGCCCACCCACUUAUUUUGUGGGCUGUGUGUACAGAGAUCCACACACAAAUUUAAGCUACGAUUUGUCCAGACUGAACCAAGCCAAUCCCGAUGGAGACUGGAUAGCUGAGGAGCACGAGGCCAGUUACACAGUCUUCGCCUAUGUGAGCGUGUGCCGCCCACUGAAGCGUGCUCCACUGGGCUGUUCCUCCAAAGCUGCGGUCUGCAUCGUUCACUCGUACCAUAACAGAACGGAAAGGGUGGUGAUCGCAAAUGCUGGCCAGGCACGUAAUGCCCCACGGAAUGUGUCUGACCUUCUGACGCUUGAAUAUGACCAUGGUGACCCGUGCCCGCACAAGAAGAAUGCAAAUUACAGUUCCAUUAUUCACUUCAUGUGCGACCUCAAUCAGCCCGAGCAGCUUCACUACCUGAAGGGUGGGGAGACCUGUCAGCACAAGUUUCUGUGGGUGACACACAUGGCCUGCCCUGUGAGUCACCUGGAGGCAGUCAACUCGUGCACGCUCACCGACCGGCAGGGAACCACCUACAGUCUCUCGUCGCUGCACCUGCAGGACAGCUUCUACACGGUCACGCACGGCGACGUCAUCUAUGAGCUGAACGUGUGUGGUCCAGUGCACGGAGGCCACUGUUCCGGCCAAGGUAACACCAGUGUGUGCAUGGUGAAGGGCUCUUCUGCCAAGCAGCUUGCCAAGACUAACGGCAUGUCCCUGACCUCGGAUGACCCCGGCUCACUUCGCCUGACCUACGUGGGCAACUACUCCAAUCACACGGCUGCGGCCUUCAAAGUGGUCAUCGAUGCUACCUGCAACGAAGGUACCAAUGGCCACCACAUGUCCCUGCUGAAGGAGGAGCCUUCGCUUGUGGUGUUUGGCUUGUCCACACCCUUGGCCUGCGAACCGGUGCCUGCCAAGUGCGUCUUUGACGACUUCUAUGGCUAUGAGUACGACCUGACUCCCCUCCAGCUGCGCACUGGCAACUGGGAGGUGUACCACUCCAAGAGCAACCGCCACUUUCACAUCUCCUUCUGCCAGUCGCUGAACCCGAGCCCCGGCUACUCCUGUCCACCUGGUGUCGCUGUUUGCGAAACAAACGCCCAGACACCCACUCUGCCAGGCGUCAGUUGGGGAAACGCAUACGGCGUGCCCACGGUUACCAGUGAUGGUGCCGUGCUCGUGCAGUACCCGAACGGCGGUCCCUGCGCCAACGGCCAACGCACUCGCAAGACCGUCGUCUCUCUCAUCUGCAACGAUGAACAGGUUGGUCCCACUUUUGUGGCAGAAUCGGAGGACUGUGAAAUGUUGUUCGACUUCCAGACGCCUGCUGCUUGUCCGCUAAAAAUGGCGAGAGGUUCGGACUGCCAGGUGCAGGAUCCGCGCUACGGAUACAUCUAUGACAUGUCCCCGCUCAAAAAUGUCUCUACCGACUAUGAGGUGCACGCUUCUGGCUUCACAUACUUGAUCAACGUCUGCCAGCCUUUGAAGUCUACAAAGUCUGGAUGUUCGGGAGCUGCGGUGUGCCAGACUAAGCCUGCCGAUGCUAAGUUUAGUGUGGAUGCUGGCAAGCCCAACAGCACGCUGGUAUACAGGAAUGGCCUGGUGACUUUGACGUACGCCCAAGGUUCGGGUGGCUGCAAAGGAAACUUCAACCGCACCUCCGUCAUCACUUUUGUGUGCGACCAUUCGACGAUGGGCUGGCAGGGUCCGGAAUUCCUGUCAGAAUCCCGGGAUUGCACGUACACGUUCGAGUGGCGCACCAUGUUGGCCUGCCCGCCGAUCGUCAAGAGCGAAUGCAGCGUAUUGCACGGCAAGGAAGGACUCGUAGACCUGUCUCCACUGUCAAAUCCCAAGAAUAACUAUGUGGUGACGACGGCCAACGGGACGAAGUAUGUUCUCAACGUGUGUCGCAGCGUCAUCUACGGUCCUGGUUCGGCCUGUGUGAAAACAGCCGGUGCCUGUGCAGUUCUUAAACCCCAUGUCACCCAGAACAUUGGCCAGGUUCAGCAACCUCCGGUUUUUGAGGACGGCGUCGUCAAGAUCAAGUACACUUCAGGUGACAUCUGCCAAACGAGGAGUUCGCGUAGCCAGCCAAUUCGCAUGCAGACAGUGAUCGAGUUUGAGUGCGACAAGAACAUCAAAGCUGGUUACCCAAUCUUGCUGCGGGAGGAAAGGUGCACAUACUACUUCCAGUGGCGCACUGCCUACGCCUGUCCAAUGACUGAGGAUGCCGUGUACGACGACUGCAAGGUGCUUCAUCCGCUUACCAAUGAAGAAUUCGACAUGUCUGCACUACGAAGUGUGUUCCCUGUUAAUAUUUCUCGAGAUGGAUACACUUACUUCAUGAAUGUUUGCGGGUCUUUGCCAGCAGACCUCUGUGGGAAAGGAGCGGGCAUGUGCGCCAUGGACAAUGAAACUGGCAAUGUUGCAAGCUUGGGCAAAGCCAGCAAUCAGAUCCACCUGAUGAACGACGGAGUGAUGUACCUGAAGUACGACGAAGGCGAUUGGUGCCCCAAUGCUCACUUGCAACCUUUCACGAGGCGAAGCACCAUGAUCCAGUUUGUGUGUGCAUCGGCCGGCCGCUCCCAUCUGGGGCCACAGUUGCUACACGUGGACAGCCACUGCGCCUACUACUUCGUGUGGUACACCGAGCGUGCAUGUCGUAGGGUGCUGCACUGUGUUGUCGACGAAGGAACGGAGCAGUACGACCUGUCACCCCUUAUCAAGUCGGCAGGCAGGCACACUGUGUUGAACUUGGUAGACCCUGGAUAUGUAUACUACAUCAAUGUCUGCCAGCCUGUUCACGCUGUGGCACCUUACCACAUGCUUGCCAAUGCUGGACUCGUCAGGACCUCCAAGACGACAGGCUCAGUAGAGAGCUUGGGAGAAGUGUUCAUGGAGCCCUUUAACGACUUUGAAGGGCACGUUACGCUGCUCUAUGUUAAUGGAUCUCAGUGUGCUUACAACUCGUCAAUGUCCAACAGGGCACGGGUGAUAUUUGUCUGCGACCCAUCGACAACUGUGGAGGAGCCCACGCUGUUGGACAUCGACAAGGAAAGCUGCGUGUACAUCUUCGAGUGGAGGACAAACCUCGUGUGCCCAGAGAUCAACAAGAAAGCAGUACCCACCGAGGAGUGUACAUUCAGCAUUCCUCAGCAUGGACUUAGCUUUGACCUGUCCGCACUGAAGCCCACCACCAGCUCUACGUUUGAGGUGCCUGACCAAGAUGGCAAGGGAAAAUUCACACUUGACGUAUGUGGCCAAACGAAGUCUGCCAGUUCUGACUGCGACGGUGGCUCGGUGUGCUUCGUCUCCGCUAACGAAAAGCGAAGCUACGGAACCCUGAGCUCAUUCACUUACAUUCAGGGUGGCCUGAAGGUCAUGUACACCAAUGGAAGCGCAUGCAAUGAAAGUGAAGCAACGGCACACUCUGCUUCAGUGAACUUUCAGUGUGAUGAGAACGCUGGUAUUGGCACACCUGUGUUGGAACACAUACAUGCAUGUUACUUAACCUUUGUCUGGAAGACAAGCUUGCUCUGCGUGCCAGACCACAGGCAGUGUAUGCUCACCUCUGGUGAUAACACAUACGACUUUGGACUUCUGGCAUCUGUGAGCCACGUCAGAAGCGUGACAGACUCUGAAGGAAACAUAUAUUGGCUCAACGUGUGCAGUGACAUGAAUGCAGACCACCAGAAUGUUCAGUCAUGUCCAAGCUCCGCAGCUGUCUGCAUGCGGAAAAAGGACCACAGUGGGCACGACUUCACCAUUGGGAAAGCUCAGUCGCUCAAACUGUCUGCUAUUGAUUCUAGGCGUGUCGAUAUGAUGUACGGCGGAGGGGAUCCGUACGUCUGCCACAACCGCACCACUCAACACCCAUCAACUCUGAUCCAGCACGAGUGCGUGACCAGUGGCAGUAGCACCGGAGUCUUGGAGUUUGUAAGCGGUCCCACGCCGGACCAGUGCCUGUUUGUCUUCAAGUGGAAGUCUAGAACAGCCUGUCCCCUUGCAGAGGACAAUGUUGUGCCUGAAAACGAUGGCAUACUUGUGGAAAAGAGGCUGGGCCUUGCUAUGAACUUGUCUUCACUAUUGAACAAUGCCUUCAAUGUGUCCGAGAGCCGAGGCAAGGACAAGUAUGUCUACAUGGUGAAGCUGGGAGGACCCGUCGUCACUGGCGUUCCUGGAGCGUGCACCAAGGCCAGCGUGUGCCAGUCCAAGGAUGCCACUGGCUUCUACAGGGACAUUGGCAGCUUCAGCACCAAGAAGUUCGUUGUUCGAGGAUCAGAGUUGCUGCUUGAAAUGGAGUCCUUGGUCAGCAAGUGUGGUCGUACAAAUAACAGCGUCAAGUCCAUCAUCAGCUUUGAGUGCUCGAAAUCUGCUGGCCUGGGCUCUCCAGAGUUCCUUUACGAAUCUGGGAAAUGUCAUUACCUGUUCCGAUGGGCAACAGCCCAGGUGUGCCACGAUGCUCUCGUACGGCUUGUCGAACCGGAUUCGGAUCGUCUUGUCAGUCCGGCGUCGGCGUCGUCCAACACCACCAUUGGGAUUGUCAUUGCUGCCGUUGUUGUCUUUGUACUUGCAUCGGCAGGCCUGUACCUGGUGAGACAUAAGUUGAGGGCCUUGGUUGAUCUCACUUGCUACAAGUCCCUUAGUGGAAUAAGGGUACCGCAAUACCACUAUUCAAAGACCACAUCUCAGCUGCGGAGCACAGAUGAAAACGGAGACACCGAACUGCUGACGUCGGGGUCCUCACUGAACUCUGCGGACGAUCCUUUAGACACUCAUGUUUUAGCGUAGGCGACCAUUGUUUUAUAUCGUUGUCUAAUUCUGUCAUUGCGGGGCUCGUGACUGAAACCGGGAAGGCAUGCCUAAUUAGACACGAAUCCUCUCUACAGUUUGAUUUCGUCGCGUAGAUUGACCAAUUUCGUGUGAGGCUGUAUGGUUUUUCGAGUCCUUUAGCUAAGGCAUUUUUUUUUUUUUUCAUUUAGGUUGUAGACGGAGUGGGAAGGAAAGGGUCACGAAAAAGGAAUUGCUCCAUCGUUGUUACUAGCAGCAGGGUGGAAAUUGCUGGAAAAGUUUCGCGACUUGAUGCGACCACCGCGGCACGUAUGUGUUUGAACACGUUGACUGUGAUAACCGACCUCGCAUUGAAGCGGCUGCAACCCAUCGCAGCAUCUUCCGUGUUGUGAGAUUUCUAAGCAAUCCCAGCUUUACCAGAGCACAAGACUUUUUCUUUCUUUAAUCUCUUCGCACUUUCCUCGACGUCGUUGGGUAGCCAGCAAUCGAGGGAUGCAGCGAAUUCCAUUUUCUCUUUUUCCAUUGCCAUUGUUCUCACUUAGUUUCGAGCUAGUCUCAUGUUCUCUGUGUUAGGCUCGAGCUGGUCUCAAUGUUACUAUGCACUUGUUUUGGCCUGGACGCUUCCGUGACUAAACCCGUUAGUGCAGCUUCCUGUCGUCACCACGCCUACCCCGCCCUUAUCGUUUACGAUGGACUUGCCCUCUCUGGUGGGACAGUGUGCCUUGAUCUAGUCCAUGCUGACUCACAUAUACUGUACGAUGGUUUAGUGCGCUACUACGGUUUUGUACGCUUCAUGCCAUGUGAUAAAGCACGAUAGACAAGAGGCACAAUCGCUGGCAUUACUAGCCAAGACUAAGUGUUUUCACUUCUAUUUCUCAAGCCAUAGUUAUUUAGUUGAAGUAUGUUUGUGGUUUUAUGCACUUGACAUGUUUGCAUUCCAGGCUCAAAUUGCGGAGUGCUUGGCUUUGUCAAGGUCAGCGUCGUGCGCUAGAGUAACCAAAAAAAGAAGCAGAAUUGUUGUUCUAUUCUCUUUUUUUUUCUUUUAUCUGCACAAGGCAUGCAGACAGAGUACAUAAUUGACUAGACUGUUACAUGUAUAUAUGCAUUUCAUGAGAGUGAGGUAUGUUUGAAUAAAUCUAAUUUAUUAUACA